AUGGCAGGGAAUGCACAUGGAUGCUCUUCCCGAAUCAGUGAGCAUCCUCCAGUUUUCCAGCUGACCUCUCUGGGGGCUUGUGUUCGUCUUAAGGAGCUGAACGCUUGUGCGUUAAACACUCCUGAUUGCAAAGAAGGUUGGGAUUAUCUGAAAAAUAAAUUAACUCUGAGAAGCAGGUGUGCGUUUCUCAUCCUAGCCUCUUACCUUCCUGCCCUCCCCUCCCCAUCUCAUGACUCCAGGCCCUUUGUAAUUUAUAAAGACCCACAGGCGAGUAGCCACACUGUGCUCUUUGAGCCUUUGGGUGUCACUGAAUUAAUCAUCCCCAAACUCGAGCAGUGCAUCCAGACCCUGGAUGCAGACGCUUCAUUAUCAAGCCCUUUAAUUGCAAAACCCGCUCAUUCUGCAAAGGAGCUGCUGAGGUCAUUUACAGCUCUCUUUACUGUCUUCUAA